AAUCUAUUAUUCCUCAUGUCAUGUUACUCAUGUUGUAUAUAAAUGAGAAGUAGCUAGCGUAUGUGAAGUGAAGCAACAUAAUAAUAUUAACAAGAGAUAUAGUUUGUUAAAUUAAGAAGAAUGAAAGGCACUAUCUUUCAAUUGUUUGUGAUAUUUUUAGGGCUCUCAAAUCUUGCAUGCUUCAAAGCAGUUCCAAUUACAAGAAGUGAAAACCUUAUGCAAAGUGCUCAAUUUCUUCUUGCAUCGAAGAAUGUCAACAACCACAAGGAUCAUAUGAUCAUCAAUAGGAGAAAUUGGCAGCCGGAGGAGCUGACAGCUCUCGAAAGGAUGGAUUUGGAACUCCAUGACUACCCACCAUCGGGGGCUAAUGGUCGUCAUACACCAAGAGUACCAUAUCCAUAAUGCGUGUGUGUUGUUGAAUGCUCUACACAUAUGUGUGAGUGUUGUCGAAUUUUCUCGUAUGUGAAUUUAGCUACUAGACUACUUGAUAAAAAAAAGUAACUUUAUAAUUUAUGUACAAGAGAGAGGAUUUUAACUAUAAGUAAUUAUAUAUAAUGAAUUGAAUAUUUUGGGA